AUGAGCACGACAUGGUUGAAAAACUUUGUCGGCAUAAAACAAACGGAUUUUGAACUUCUCGCGGUCAAAAACCCCGGCGCCGAGUUUUGUAUCCACGUCACUUUGCGCAGCAUGCAGGUUUUUGAAUUGAAAUGAAAUUUUUGGAUAGAAAACACCAUUUUCAGACUGGAGCUAUUCUCGGCUCUAUCUUGGGGCCUUUGUCCACCUUCGUCUUCCGGGAUCAACGAGGAAAGUCGAAAAACUUGUUGUGAGUUUCAAGAAGAAGUUUUGUGAAAAUUUGAUCUUUCUCUAAAAUUCUCUAAGAUAUUUUCCUUUUUUCUUGUAUCUUAAACUCAUUUGCUGCGGUCAGAUUUUUCAGAAAGUAUCGAAUUUUCGCAUUCAUUUUUAUUUGUUGUCCUGCAUUUCGGAGCAAAUCCGUCAGAGAAAGUAAAACAUGAACAAGGCUUUUCUUCCCCAUUGCGGUUUGGCUGAUUUUUAAAAAUUUUGCGAGCGCUACAAUAAAUUUUUUUUGGCUCCAGAGCGAUUUUUUUUUCUUAAAAACAAGCGAAAAAAAAGAUUCAAAAGAUCUUUCUGAAAUUCUGUAUCGAGUUCCGUCGCUACGGUCGAAAAUGCUUUUUUUUGUGAAGUGUUUCGUCUUGAACAUUUACUGUAAUAUUAGUCAGAUACUAGCUCAAAUUUAACUCGUUAGGGUGGAAUUCCCGCCGUGAGUGAUUUUUGUGCUGCAAUUUUUUAUGUUUUACAGAAUCCUAUCUUCUUUAUCUUUUGUAGGGUUUGUGUGAUUAAACCAAGUAUUAAAAAUAUUCCAUCGAUGAAUGACAUUUCCAGGGACUCUUUCGUGAGCGGCGGUCAGCAAGGAGCGCUUCUUGGCGCGGCCAUCGGACCUGUUCUCACUUACUUGUCGCUUCGAGACAUGAACAGUAUCCAGCUCUACGACAAAUGCUAUCGACUGAGGUUUUUCCAAUCUAAUUCGAAAACUGAGAGGUUUCUCGUUGCAGAUUCGACAAACAGAAGCUGUGGCAAGACAGAUCUUGCCUGGUGUCGGCGGCGGUCGGCUACCUGAGCAGCGGAUCGCUGGGACUGGUCAUCGGCUUGGACCUGUCCCUCCUUAUGAGCAACAUCAUGGGCCAGGCCUGGUAG